AUGCAGAAAAUGAUAACCCUGAAGUGGCUCAAAAUGCCUGUGAUCACGCAGUCUCUUGAUAAAGGACGAUCAAUAGCAGCGCAGACAAAGACGUCCCUCAUGCUGAGACUCGGCUCUGCCGAAGCUUCAGUUGCGGAGCGCUCGCCUGGACUUGCCGAGAAUCAAGCCGCGGUCAUGGCAGAAGUUGAUCGCGUGGUGCUUUCCGUCGGGUCCAAAGAUGUCACGUACAUCGACGGAGAAAUUGAUGCUAUCAGAAGCAGUACAGCGUCUGGAAAAGUCGACUACCUCGCGUCGCUUGUCCACCGGACCGGUUUAGUGGCUUCCGAAUUGGGUGAAUUACUGAGCGAAACGGUAGCUCACCAUGAACGGCGGAUGAAGCUCUUGAUACAUACAUUGGUGACGGAGGGGCAGACAGCGCCUGAUCCGACGUUCCUUGUCCGCCCAUCAGCUGUUUUGCGGUCCGCGGCUGGCCAUCUACGGACUGCUGAUGCGUGGAAGUUAGCCGUUCGACUGCGUCAGAUAUACGUCUGGCUCCCUGCCACAGUCCGGGACCGUCUGCUUUACAAGUCUUUAAGCAAUACCAUCACUGUACCGCCGCAUGCGAGGGAGCAGGUGAUUAGCUCUUUUCAACGCUGGCGUGGGUGGGAUUUGGACAAUAUUCCUGGCUCUCAGCUCAUCGCCAGCGUUUUCGGAGGAGCUCCUGACCAUGGAAACACUCCACAGCCAAUCAUGCCCUUGCUGGUUGCUUUCCGGCUCAGAGAAGUCCAAUUGAUUCUAGAUCCUGGUCCGAAACAAAACAGGCUGUUCCUAUCAGAGCUGACUGCGAGACUUGAGAAGAAGCCAAAUGACACAGCUCGCAAGACGACUGAACCCGGAAACAUGCCUGUCCUCAAUAUCAACUGCAACGAUGCGGCAAUCAACCUCAACUGGGAACUGUGCGAGCUCGCAGAUGUUUUACUCCGGCUGUACAACGGAUCUAGGCGGCGAGACAGUCCUGCAAGUCAAACUUCCACGGAAGCAGCACCGGACCGCACGAGUGACGUGCAGGCUCGUCCACCGAUGCAUGUUGUCAUGGCUCUCUCGAGGGGGUCAGUCGAAGUUGAUACGAUCAACCUGAGUGCAAAAAUCUUGGGAAACAAUCUCAAGGCGUCCUUGCUCACCCAUUCGCUCGAAGAUGAAAGCACCUCGCUGAAUUUCAUCCUGAGCUGUGACGCUGUCACCUCCAGGCUCCACCACCGCUCCCAACUGUUGGGCAUGUUCCAGCUACGCAACCCGAGUGUCUUCAUCUCCCACGAACUGCAAGAGCUUGACGUCGUGUCCUGUCACACAAUUAAGUCAACAGCAAGCAGCCAGUCCCUCACCCUUGUGGUGCGGCAAGACCCAAUAGUGCUCCUCGAAGUCGUCGAUGUUUUGGUCAAAGAUGAGCUUGCCCAGCUUUACCAAUUGAAAGAGCAGCUUCCAUCUAGCCCGCCGACACACAGCGACGACCACAGCAUUGCGGGAAGGAUGUCAUCCUUCAGAGUCAAUGUGGCAAUGUUCCUUGAUGAGUACGACAUCAGCGUGCCACUACUCCAGUCCCUCACGUAUAAUUUGUCAGGAGUCGUCUCUCGGGCUGCUGUAGCGGCAAAUUUCGGUAAAAGAAGCUCAUUUUUGACUUUGACAAUCAAGGAAAAAUCAACACGACUGUCCGAGUCAAUGUCAACAAUCAGCCCGCGGAAGCAUUUCUCUUUCUUCGUAUUCCCGCCAAAUAAAUCGGACCGAAUCAAAGAGUUUGCAUGGGGUCCCAACUUGAAUCAUUCCUGUCGAACCGUGUUCCUGCCACCCGAUUGA